AUGGCGAGCCUCUCGAUGCUGUCGCAGACGGUGCGGUCGGGCGUGUCGGCAACCAGGUCGCUAGCUCGAUCGAUGCAGGGCCUGACCCUCGCCGCGUCGGCAGCUCCCAACCCGGCGGCGCGCCCGCUUCGGUCCACUCUCACGUCGACGUCAACGACGCAGACACGAUCCCUCUCGCAGAGCGUCCUCCCUUCCUCCAGCUUGUGCCAGCACGGCUGCUCCAGACCCGCGGUUGCCGCCAACAGCCGGACAGCGGGCGCCCUCGAGACUGGUGUCAAGACGGCCGUUGCUAUCUUCCAGAAGCAGCAGACCAGGGGGAUGAAGGUGCACAGUUCGGUAAAGAAGCGGUGCGAACAUUGCAAGGUCGUUCGACGGAAAGCUUGCAAGCGGCACAAGGGCCAUCUCUAUAUUGUAUGCCCUGCCAACCCCAGGCACAAGCAACGACAGGGAUAG